AUGUUUCUUUACAUCAAGCAAGAAUACCCUGAGAUUGCGAAUCAGGGUAUUGUUUACAUGGAUGUAUGGCCAAUCGGCUACCCGAUGCUUGCGGUCUAUCAUCCCAAUAUGAUGGCACAAUUCAUUCAGGAAAACAGUCUACCUAAAUUCUGGGCUAUGCCCCAAGUUGAAUUCAAGGGCUUCACCGGAGGUCAAGACAUAGUGAAUCUAGAUGGCCUAGAAUGGAAAAAGGCUCGAAACCUAUUCAAUCCUGGCUUCUCGGCGAAGAAUCUAUUAUCUCUCGUUCCUGAUAUGAUAGAGGAAGUAUUAAUCUUCCGAGAACGACUUGGGAAAGUUGCUGCCACUGGAGAAGUUAUAAAGCUCGAAGAUUAUACGACCAAUAUAACCGUCGACAUAGUUGGGCGCGCUGUACUGGGAACGCGUUUACAAACGCAGGUCAAGCCAAAUCGUUUGAUGGAAACAAUGAAAUCUCAAUUAAGUCUACUCUAUUUUGGACUCGACCUUCCCAAGCAACUAAAUCCAAUUCUUCCGUUGAAAAACUGGAUAUACAAUCGCAUGAUUCGCAACGAAUUGGCCCCUUACAUUCUUAACACGGCUCAGAAUUACGAGAAAAUCGAAGGGCCCAAAACUAUUGUCGCCCUAGCUCUAAAAGAAUAUAUCAAUGAGAUACAGGAUUACACCGCAAGAGGAAAUAUCCCAUCUGAGUUUGUUGAACGGGUUAUCAAACAUAUCAAGAUAUUCAUGUUUGCUGGACACGAUACUACUGCUACAGUUCUUGCGUAUAUAUACUACAUGCUUAGCAAACAUCCGGACAAAGCAGCUAAGAUACGUGCCGAGCACGACGAAGUAUUGGGUGCAGACCCGAAUGCCGCUGCUAGCUUGAUUAGAGCCGAUCCUACAUUACUGAAUAAGUUGCCGUACACGAUGGCCGUUCUCAAGGAAACACUCCGUCUAUUCCCUCCUGUAGGUGGUAGCAUCCGUCAAUCACCGCCGGGACACUUCCUUACGCACCCCGAAACUGGGGUCCACUAUCCAACAUAUGGGUUCAUGAUGCAUUCCUCUGCAGCAACGUUAUUGCGUGACCCAGAAUACUGGCCCGACGCUGACUCGUUCAUUCCGGAGCGAUUUAUAACACGUGAUGAAAGCGAUCCCUUAUACCCAGUGAAAAACACCUGGCGACCAUUUGAGAUGGGACCUCGGAAUUGCAUCGGUCAGGAACUAGUUUUUGUCGAGGUGCGGCUGAUCCUCGCCCUGACAGUACGCGAGUUUGAAGUCGAGGAGACUUACCCAGCAGAUGCACCCUCGUGGAUGGGCUUCAAAGCGUACCAGAUCACGAACCCAGAAGUUAUUUCCACGGCUCACCCCAAAGACGGUCUUCCCGUAAGGGUCAAGUCCAGGAGCUGA